AUGCCAUUCUUUGGGGGAUCUUCGGAUUCCGAUGACGAAAGAACGAUCCAUCAAACAACCAAGCUCUUCACUCGCCAACGAUCAAUUCACUCUAUAUUUGGAGGAGGCAAAUUUGCAGAUAUCUUGUUAUGGAGAGAGCCGAAAAUAGCUGCAACAUUGGUGACAGGAGUUAGUCUUCUAUGGUUCUUAAUGGAAGUAGUGGAAUACAAUUUCAUAACCCUAGUUUGUCAUGCGUCCAUGACCUCUAUGCUCCUUUUCUUCAUUUGGUCUACUGCUUCUGAUUUUCUCAAUUGGGAAAGGCCAAUAAUACCAGAAGUGGUACUAGACGAAUCUUCUUUCAAGCAUUUAGCAAGAAGCUUCCAUGUUAGAUUUAAUCAAAUCCUAUCAAAGCUCCUUGACAUUGCUUGUGGAAGAGAUCCUUCACUCUUUUUCCUCACAACGAUCUCACUUUAUAUCCUUUCCAUCAUCGGGACAUAUUUCAACUUUGUAAAUCUUCUGUUCAUAGGGUUUGUAAGCAUGCAAACCUUGCCGGUUAUGUAUGAAUUGUACGAGGAUGACGUGGAUAGAGUGGCGAGUAGGUUAAUGAGGAAGAUGAGGAAGCUCUACAGGAAAGCCGACACGAAUGUUCUUAGCAAAAUCCCAAGGGGAACUGUCAAAAGCAAGAAACUUAUUUAA